CUUGUGCCGUGACGUCAACGCAGCCGCUGUAGUCCGCCUGCGUGGCUCAUUGAACCGAUGUGGUAACGGAUUUCAUCUGCAGCGGCGGGAAUGUCGCGGCUCCUCGCGGCGUUCCUCGCGCCACUGCUGUUCUGUCUGGGAAUUUCCGGGAAAACCGUGACAGGAAUAUUCCGGAGCGAAGCAGCGAGGCGGGAAAACGGCCAGUUUAUCACCGCGUUCGUGUUCCGGGGAGAUGGGGGUCUGUUGGUGUGCCAGCUGGAUGACCCCGCCCUGGCUGCACAGAAGCAGUCCAAGCUGCUGCUGUACCAGGACCUGGAUCUGGAGCUGGACAGCCUGAGCUGCGCUGAAAAGCUCAGAAAAGCCCAGAUCACAGUUUCUCUCAGCCAAGAGGAGCACAACCAGAGUAUCCCUCAUCAGGCCCCGCCCACAUCCUGGACGCUCCUGUACACUGACAGACACACCUGUCAGGAGAACCCUGAAGAUCCAGCAGAUCCUGACCUCACCUUCACGGUCCUGCUCCUGAACCCGGACUCGGCCGGAAACCCCCUGGACCACUUCAGCGCUGAGGAGGCAGGUAUUCACACCUUCUUCUCCUUGCUGCUGCUCUCGUACUUCAUCUCCUGCUGCAUCUAUUUGGGGCCCCUGCAGCAGGCUCUGAGGAAGAGGGGCCCCAUGCACACAGCCCUCAAGCUGCUGACCGCCGCACUGGCCAUACAGGGAUGCUCCGCCCUCUGCAGAUACAUCCACCUGUGCAGGUAUUCUACAGACGGCUCGGGUUUCGCUCUGAUGGACCACCUGGCUGACUUCUGGGACAUGCUGUCUCAGGGGGCCGUCCUCUUCCUCUUGCUCAGUCUCUGUGUUGGUUGGACUCUGACCCGGGCCAGGAAGGCCCAAUCCAGACCUCUGCAGUGGGAGUGGUCUCCAGCCUCCACGGCUUUCUCUGUGGGAGGAGUCGUUGCUCAGGGAGGUCUGCUGCUAUGGGAGCAGUUCUCGGAGUCUCAGCUGGAGCGCCAUGGUGACUACGCCCAGCAGAGUUGGGCGGGUGUCCUGCUGGUGGUUCUGAGGGUGGGGCUGGCCCUCCUGCUGGCCUCCGUUCUCUACCAGAUCAUCUCCACAGAGAGGAGCACGCUGAAGAGAGACUUCUACCUCAGCUUCUCCAGGGCCUGCUUCCUGUGGUUCCUCUGCCACCCAGUCCUGGUCUUCAUGUCCGGGAUCUUCAACCGUCACCAGAGACAGAAGGUGGUGACUGUGGGCGUGGUCCUGUGCCGAUGCAUCUCCAUGGUGAUCCUCUACCAGCUCUUUCUGUCUCGCUCUCUGUACUGGGAGGUGUCCUCGCUGUCCUCCGUGUCUCUGCCGUUCACCAUGUCCAGAACCAACAGCAGGGGGCGCUAGUGAGCAUGCCGCUUCAAACAGAGGGGGGGGGGGGGUCACCAAACCAUGGAGAACACCUCUAUGAAUGUGAAGAAGCAGGUACAGGUAAGGAAGAUCUACAGACAUCAACAUGAAGAACCCCCGCUGCUGCUGCUCGCACGUCUGUUCACAGACUCCAUGAGGUUCAACACGUGUCCAUGAGCGCCUGUGAUGCACGCCUGGAAGUGUCAGUGAGCGCGUGCACGUGCAGAAGAACAUGCAUGUCUGGACACGCUCAGACAGAACUCUGACAGAAACUUUUCAUUUCCGUUUGGAUGAGAAGAAUCCUUCAAAAUAAAACUACUGUAAAAAUGAA